GCUGGUGGGACCAACAGCUGUUUGCAGAGGACACUGCUCAGUCUCUGAGAUGCUGUGGAUGGCCGGCUGCGUGGGUCCCACUGGGUUCAAGAGCUUAGAAAGCCUAUUGAGGGACCGCCCAGUAGUCUGAGACCCCCUUUUAGCCGAGCUGGGAGGCAGGCGGGGUCUCCGGGGCGGAGUCGGGCGCCCGGAGGGGCGGGCCACCAGGGCUGGGUCCCAGGCUGUGGGAUGAGCUGCAGGGAGAAGCUGCAACUCUGGAGAGACAGAUGCGCAGAAGCGCACUGAGGAAAGCAGGACAGAGCGACACACGCCCACCAAAUACACGCGCCUUGGCCAAAGCUAGCCAGUGUCCCCAGAGCCUGGGCCGCGCCCACCUACCGCGCCAACGCAGGCCUGGGGGUGCGCCCCUGGAGGCACCGAGGCAGGAUUCCAGGAGAGAACUGCACUCACUGACCCCCAUUGGAGGUGCUGGACUCCACUUGGACACACCUCCCUGAUAUCAUCCCUCCUGCAGGCAUCAAUAUGGCGGCCCAGAACAGAAACACCAGCUUUGCAUCCAACUUGAAUCCACCUCAAGACCAUGUCGCCUCGCUCCCCUUCAACUUCAGUUAUGGUGAUUACGACCUCCCCCUGGAUGAGGAUGAGGACAUGACCAAGACACAGACCUUCUUUGCAGCCAAGAUUGUCAUUGGUGUGGCGCUGGCAGGCAUCAUGCUAGUCUGUGGCAUUGGCAAUUUUGUCUUUAUUGCUGCCCUCGCCCGCUACAAGAAGCUACGCAACCUUACCAACCUCCUCAUUGCUAACUUGGCCGUCUCCGACUUUCUGGUGGCAAUCGUCUGCUGCCCCUUUGAGAUGGACUAUUAUGUGGUACGUCAGCUUUCCUGGGAGCAUGGUCACGUGCUUUGUGCCUCUGUCAACUACCUUCGCACAGUCUCCCUUUACGUCUCCACCAAUGCUCUGUUGGCCAUCGCUAUUGACAGAUACCUCGCCAUUGUCCACCCCUUGAAACCACGGAUGAAUUAUCAGACCGCCUCCUUCCUGAUCGCUUUGGUCUGGAUGGUCUCCAUCCUCAUCGCCAUCCCAUCUGCCUACUUCACCACCGAAACCAUCCUCGUCAUCGUCAAGAAUCAGGAAAAGAUCUUCUGUGGCCAGAUCUGGCCAGUGGACCAGCAGCUCUACUACAAAUCCUACUUCCUCUUCGUCUUCGGCCUCGAGUUCGUGGGCCCGGUUGUCACCAUGACCCUGUGCUAUGCCAGGAUCUCCCAGGAGCUCUGGUUCAAGGCCGUACCUGGCUUCCAGACGGAGCAGAUCCGCAAGCGGCUGCGCUGCCGCCGCAAGACAGUGCUGCUGCUCAUGGGCAUCCUCACGGCCUACGUGCUGUGCUGGGCGCCUUUCUACGGCUUUAGCAUCGUGCGAGACUUCUUCCCUAACGUGUUUGUGAAGGAGAAGCACUACCUCACCGCCUUCUAUGUUGUUGAGUGCAUCGCCAUGAGCAACAGCAUGAUCAACACCGUGUGUUUCGUGACGGUCAAGAACAACACCAUGAAGUACUUUAAGAAGAUGCUGCGGCUGCACUGGCGGCCUUCUCGCUACGGCAGCAAGUCCAGCGCUGACCUUGACCUCAAAACCAGUGGGGUGCCUGCCACGGAGGAGGUGGAUUGUAUCAGGCUGAAGUAGCCUGCUGGUGAUGCCCAAGGGAAAACAUAUUCGAUACUCAGCAUAUCAAACGCCAUCAACCACUCACAAGCUACUUGGGAAAAGACAGCUGUAUUCAUGCUCUUCUGCCCAAAUGUGUCUGGAUGCUUCUAUGUCCUAAGAUACAGCACAACUGCUAUCUGUGUAACACCUUAAGAGGCUAGACACAAAUGGCAGCAAGCGACGUGACUGAAUGCCUUCUGUCUGCAAACCACACCAAGAGAUCAUUCGAAGGACCUACAUUUGCUGAUUACCUGCUAUGUGCGGAAAGUCCCUCUCCAGCUCCAAAUAAAUGGUAGAAUCUAUUUGGCGCUAUCAAGCUCUAUAUAUCUACUUAUCUAUCUAUCCUUCCAUCUAGAUCAUUAGAAAGAGGUCAUAAUGAUUAGCCAGAGUCACGCUCCAUAUUCUCCCAUUCUAUAUCUCAUCUGCACAGAACUGCCAAAAGGCAAUAGAAUAAAGCACUUAGAUACGGCAGAAAUGUAAGGAUGACUCCAUCAGUGUCAAGUUCACGGUCUCAUAGGAAGAGAGUCCAUACAGCACAUUUACCUUCCCCACCCAGCUCCAGUUAUCUCCUUGGUAUUCUGUACUUAACCUACAAUGGUGUUAUUUCAAAAAGGGAAAAUGUCUUUACCACUGAUGUGUCAAAUCUCAUCAGCCUGUAGGGUGAAGAUGGGAAAUCCCAAGACAAGAAAUGCAUCCAGUUCCUGAUACUUCAAUGCCAAGUAUUUCAAGGCUCUGGGGCCCUGAAGGAAGAAGACACAGAAAGAGGCAGAGGUUGCCAGCAGCAAUGAAUAUAAUCUGUGUCCAUUUGCUACAAUCUGGACGAUUUUCUAGAAUGUGUUCUGACUUAUAAAAGGAGCUCUGCUUGAGAUCCAAAGAUCUGUGUGACUGUCCUACCUCCAGGACUCAUCUCUGUGUGUCUCCACUUUAAUGAAAUGGGAAUAAUGAAAACAGAUCAGUAGGAAAGCCCAUUGAAGUCAUGGUGCGUAUAGUUUUCAGCUCUACCCUUGUUAAGAAUAUGAUACUGAAGAGCUCAUUAGGGGGAGUUUGAAAAUGGCAUUCACCAUGUUUUUUUUUUUUUUAAUAGAGGAACAACUCCACAUUUUCAUCCCUGUUCUUUGGACUGGAGACUACUGAACUCAUUUUGAAGUAGCAUAUCUCUAGUGGGGCAUAGAGGUCACCCUGUCCCAGACUGCAAUCAAGAGGAUGCAGUCAAUACCCAUACUCUCAGCCUCCCUGUGGUCUUAGAAGCAUGAGCAGUCUUCCCAGCACAGCAUUGGUGAACCCCAGGACUGAAUUCAUUUGUAUUAUUAUGUCAUCUACUCAGUGGUAGGGUUGGUUAGGCUGACCUGCCUGGCUAGGUGUCUCCUUCCUCCUUCAUAGCCCCAUAUGCAUCCCUCCCUUAACUGCACACUCAGUUACCAAGAAGACCCUCCUCAACACGGGAGGACUGCUAUUCUGUCAAGGGCAUAGGCAUGUCACGCUUCCAUGAUAACCCUCCAAUCUCUCCAGUAGACCCUGUAUCCUUUGAGUGUGUCAACAGACUUCACCUCCUUCUUACAUUCAGACAUACUGUCCUCCUUUCAUUUAUAUUUACCCGAAAAAACACUUCUGUAAAUAUCAAUGUGUAUAUGUGAUAUUCCAGUGAAUAAAGUGUAUGCAGUUAUCAUAUGGGAUAGUUAAUAUAGAGAAUUAUAAUCACAGCGUUCAAAGGGUUCCUUGCUAAUGUUUUAUGCUAAUGUUUUAUAUGUUUCGAUGUAAAUGAAGUAAUAGUUGUCUAAGCAACUCAAGCCUGAAAUGAAAGAGAAUUUCCGAAGGCCUUCUUAGAACUUGUCCAUCUCAUACUAGCAACUGGCCUCACAUCUGUGUUCUCUCAGGAGUGUGUUCUUGAGUGUAAAUUAGCAGGGAACCAUUACCCUACACGUUCCCUUGUUUAUUAAUGAUUUUUAAAGUGCAGGCUUCUUUCGCACACAGAAUAUUUAUGCCUCCAGUUAGAACUAAGGUACUAAGUCAAUUGCAUUUGUGUUCACUCUUCUCAACACUAACUAAAGGCAAGCUUAAGAUACUUUUUAACAUGUUAAGAUAAGUAUACACUUAUACCUACUAUUUCACAUUGAAAAGUUAAUCACAUUUAGUAAAGCAGAUCCAUUUUCUUGGCCACAAUAAGAGAAAAGAUGGUUAUACAAUGAAGCUGUUACAGGUUUUUGUUAAGCAUCCAACAUUUAAAAUAAGUUACUUCUAAAAUUGGAGAAAUCAAAAAAUGCUUCAGGCCCUCAGGCAUGACAAACAAUUUCAGACUUCACAAGGAAGAAUGUGACAUGUGGGAGGUAAUUAGAAAUCUUGACACAAGUUCUGUUUCUACUCAAAAAUGGUGGCUCCAAAACACAUCCUCUGCAUCCAACCAUAUACUCCCUUGGCCUCAAGAACUCUCUCUCUCUCUCUCUCUCUCUCUCUCUCUCUCUCUCUCUCUCACACACACACACACACACACACACACACACACACACACACACACACACA